CGUAGUUUCCCUCUGUGUCGCUUCACAAGGAGCCAUUGUGGAGAAGGCACUUCCGCAUUGCGUCUGCACUAGUGCGUUUUUCUGGCAAAGUUGGGCGAUUCUCUGGUCCUGCUCCGCGCUCGGGUUGCGGCGCCGACAUGGAGGAAAUGCUGUCCUUCAGGGAUGUGGCCAUUGAUUUCUCUGCAGAAGAGUGGGACUAUCUGGAGCCUGCUCAGUGGAAUUUGUAUAGAGAAGUGAUGCUGGAGAAUUACAGCCACCUUCAGUUUCUAGGUCUUGUUUUCUCUAAGCCAUACCUGGUCACGUUUCUGGAGCAAAGACAAGAGCCUGCAGAUGUGCCGAGACCAGCAGUAGCCACCACCAUGCAGCCAGAUAUAAAACCAUAUACAUGUAAAGACUGUGGCAAAGCCUGUGAUUGGAACUCACUGCUUCCUGAACACCAGACAAUGUACCCAGGAGAGAAAGCUUGCAAGUGUGAAGAGUGUGGUAAGGCUUCUGGCUCAGUACCUCCUGAACAUCAGAUAAUUGGUAUAGUAGAAAAGCCCUACAAGUGUGAAGAGUGUGGCAAAGUCAUUUGUACUUGCUCAGAAAAUUCUAGCUGCCAGAGAAUUUGUACUGGAGAGAACCCCUACAAGUGUGAAGAAUGUGGGAAAGCCUUUUCUACUCAUUCGUAUCUUACUGAGCACGAGGAAGAACACGCCGGACAGAAAUUCUAUAACUGUGAAGAAUGUGGGAAACUGUUUUAUUGUCCUUCUCACCUUACGGAACAUCAAAAAAUCCAUUCUCAAGAGAAUGCCUUUAAGAUUGAGAUAUGUAGUGAGGUCUUUUGUGCGCCCAUAGAACUUUCUAAGGACCAGAGAUUUUGUACUGACGAGAAGCCCUACAAGUAUGACAACUGUGUCAGGGCCUUUAGUGCUUGCUCUGUACUUUCUGAGCACCCAAACAUUCCUCCAGGAGAGGAAGCUUGCAAGUGUGAGGAAUGUGGCGAUGCCUUUUGUACACUCCAUUCAGUAUCGAAACACCUGAAAAUUCAUUGUGAAGUGAAAUCCUACAAGUGUGAAGAAUGUGGGAAAGCCUUUGCUACUCACCUCUCCCUGAUUCAGCAUAAGAUAGGUCAUACCCGAGAGAAACCUUACCAGUGUGAAGAGUGCGGCAAAAUGUUUUACUGUACUUCAAACCUCAAGCAACAUCAAAUAACCCAUUCUCAAGUGAAGCCCUACAAGUGUGAGGUAUGUGGCAAGGUCUUCAGAACUUGCUGGCAACUUUCUAAACACCUGAGAAUCCAUUCUGGAGAGAAACCAUACAAGUGUGAGGAAUGUGGCAAAGCCUUUUACACUCUCUCAUACCUUACUCAGCACAAACUAGGUCAUACUGGGGAGAAACCUUACAAGUGUGACGAAUGUGGCAAAACCUUUUACUAUCCUUCAAUCCUUAGGGAACACCAAGCAAUUCAUUCUGGAAAGAAACCCUACAGGUGUGAAGAGUGUGGCAAAGACUUCUGUACUCGCUCAGGACGGUCUAGACACCAAAGAAUUCAUACUGGAGAGAAGCCCCACAAGUGUGAAGAAUGUGGAAAAGUCUUUUCUACGCAUUCAUACCUUUCUCAGCACAAGGUGGUCCACUCUGGAGAGAAACCCUACAAGUGUGAGGAGUGCGGCAAAAAGUUUUACUAUCCUUCCCGCCUUAAGGAGCAUCAAAGAGUUCAUUCGCAAGAGAAUCCCUACAAGUGUGAAGUGUGUGGCAGUGUCUUUUGUACCCCCAAAGGACUUUCUAAACACCAGAGAUUUCAUACUGGAGAGAAACCCUACAAGUGUGAAGAAUGUGGCAAAAUGUUUUACUAUCCUUCUCGCCUUAAGGAACAUCAAAGAAUUCAUUCUCAAGAGAAUCCUUACAAGUGUGAAAUAUGUGGCAAAGCCUUUUAUACUCACUCAUACCUUACUCAGCACAAACUAGGUCAUACUGGGGAGAAACCUUACAAGUGUGAUGAAUGUGGCAAAACCUUUUACUAUCCGUCAGUCCUUAGGGAGCACCAAGCAAUUCAUUCUGGAGAAAAACCCUACAAGUGUGAAGAGUGUGGCAAGGACUUCUGUACUCGCUCAGGACGGUCCAGACACCAGAGGAUUCACACCGGAGAGAAACCCUACACGUGUGAGCAGUGUGGAAAGGCCUUUUCUACACAUUCAUACCUUUCUCAGCACAAGGUGGUCCACUCUGGAGAGAAACCCUACAAGUGUGAGGAGUGCGGCAAAAUGUUUUACUAUCCUUCCCGCCUUAAGGAGCAUCAAAGAGUUCAUUCGCAAGAGAAUCUCUACAAGUGUGAAGUGUGUGGCAGUGUCUUUAGUGCUCACUUAGAACUUGCUGCCCACCUGAGUAGUCACUCAGAAUAAAACCCUGCAAGUGGGAAGGAUAUGGAAAGGCUUUUUAACUCAUCCAUUCUUACCUCAGAAUAAAUUCCUGAACAGAAAUAUUACCCAUGUGAAUGAAGAAACGGAAAAAUGUUUUCUGUCCUCCAAUCCUUAAGUGUCUGGAGAGAAGUCACACAAGUCUGAGGAC